AUGGAAGACUUAAGACAGGAUCUGAUACAAGAUAAUAGAACCGUGUUUGAUGAAAGCCAAAUUCUAUUUUGUCUGCCUUUGGAAUGGACGGAAAAGGUACACGAACAGGCUUUACGCACAUUGUUUCUGGCAUCAGGAUGGAUCACCAACCAAGAUCACGAGCACCGUCUGAUAUUCUCAAAACAUGUCGAGAGAUUAGUGAAUUACCUGCAAGACCGAGACGAUACCAAUAAACAGUUUGAAAGAGAAAGGAGAUACCUCUUUUGCUGCAUCAACGAGACAUCUUUCAAACUGACGUGCUUUCAGAUGCAAAGUGCCAAAGAGCUCAGUUCAGUUUCCAGGAAGCUGGCAGCGAGUGAUUUUCUACUGACUCCCACAUUCUUGGAUGAAAAAUCAAUAUCCCUCUCAAAUCUUGACACAAUGAUAUACCGCAAAGUGAAGAGUAUGAUUACACAAGAUGUUGUCAGCAACGUACCAGAGAAUACCAUCCACAAUAGACCUGGAGUAACGACGCUGAUUGGGAAGAUUGUUAGAUACAUGUCCUACGUUUACAUUGCUGAUCAGGAGGGAAGGUCCAACGAUCAUAUCGAUGAUGUGCUGUCAGUGCAUUCUUCAUUCUUUGAAUACCAGUACGUGCGCGACUGCCUCAAUGGCUGGACCUGCGGCACCUUCAUCAAUGAAAUAUUAGACGAUGCAGACAUCAAGCUCUUUCUACAGCAGAGUAUCCAGUCGUUUCGAAAUAUACUAGAAAAGUACAGCCCUAUAAAAAACUCGCCAGAAGGCAUACAAGACAUCAUUCUAUACGCUGACUGUGAAAGUAGCAAUCCCUUUCACAGAAAUCUAAUGAGGGACUUGCUGUUAAGAGAGGAUAUCAUUGACCUAAAGAAUAAUUUUAUGGAUAUCUGUAAUGAUUUGAGGCUCUGUGAAGGUGCGAUGCAAAGGCCGUGCAAAAUGAUUCAGAUAGCGAAUGCUUUAUUGCCACCCAUGAUAUGGAAUGAAGACGGCCAGAGCGAGAUUGAACCAAAGCAACAUAAUCGUCAAGAAGCAGACAUCCUACCCUCCAAUUCUUUCUAUCUCCAAUGUUACCUUCAUCAGCACCACAUCAACUUCCUUUUGAAUAAGGUGAUAACAGUAUCCGUUGUGGAUGAUACAGAGCAAAAAUCAACAUUUACAGUGCGAGAGGAGACCAUCGACAAGAAGGAUCUGCUUGACUUGGCCAGCGAUCUUCUUUGGGAACAUUACCAAGGAUUGGAUGCCCAACAUAUAGGCGAUCUUUUCGAAUAUUGUGACACUCACACACAUGAUAUGUUGUCGAUUAGCCACUAUUGCCACGUCAAGACCAACUUGAGGCGCCUGAUGGAUGUCUGGUUACAAGAUGAUCCCAUUUCGAAAGAUGACGCAAACAUAGAUACCUACCAAAAACUUUUUAUCAGUGACAAUUGCCAAUGCUCCCUAAAUAUAACGAAGAGAAUACUCUUGCAAAUAGGGCUGAAGCCUGCAAUUGACAAUAUAGCUGCUAUGGUCGUAUCAAGUCUUGCCUCUGACCACUUGUUUGGGCUGUAUAGCAUGGCUGCCUUGAUUGUUACGGAUAAGAUGGACCUGUUUACCGAAGGCUCAUACUUUGAUUAUUAUAGAAACAUUAUAUUCCAAGAGUCUGUGCGCAAUUAUUUACAGGUACAUCAGAAGAGACCUGUGGUAUUUUUCGAUGAAGCUACUUUACUGGCAAGCAGCGCCUUGGGAGGCUGGUCUAAAUCUUCAAGGCAAAUCCUGGGCAGAGGCGAUUAUACUCAAAUAUCAGGCGCCAGCUAUGGCAUUAGACUGUUUGCGAAAAAUGCCACAAAGCAAGGAUCAUUCAAUGGUUUGUACGAAUACCAUGAAAAUGCAUACAGAAAGAAUAAGGUGUUAGAUGUGUUUCCCAACCUCAUUGUAUUGUCCAAAGGCGAUUGCUUGGGCCAUGAAGGUGUCGGUAAAACAUUGGUAUUGCACAACUAUGAUGUUCGUCGUAUCGGUAAGUUUGAUGCUCAAUACUCAAGCAAUACACUAACAGCAAUGUACAUUGGCGAAAGGUCUUUACUCCCUAGAUUCUUCUGA